AUGACUGAAAAAAUAGUCGUUCGCUGUCAUACCGAAUACAAAGGGACAAACGAAGAUGAACUUUCACUUAUUGUUGGCGAAAUUGUGAAAGUUGAGGAGAAAAUAGAUGCUGACUGGUAUUAUGCUGUCAAAGAUACUGGCGAAGGGGGAAUUUUCCCUUCAAAUUUUGUCGAGGAAAUCGAGUCUUCAGAACCAAUUGCCGAAGAAGCUGAUACUGAUGAAUUACCAAAGGAAAUCAAAGAGCCCGAUGUUCCCAGGCUCGCCGUCGUGGAAUAUGAUUAUGUGGCUCGCGAACGCGGUGAACUAUCACUUCAGAAAGGUGGUGUUGUCACUGUUCUAGAACAGAACCAAGGAUGGUGGAAGGGUGACUUAAAUGGCAAUAUUGGAACAUUUCCAGCAAACCACGUUAAGCUUAUUGAGGUUCCGAGUAAUGUCGAUUCCUCAGAGGAACCUGAGAAACAAUCUAAGAAGAAAAAUCUUGCUGCAUAUGGUGUUAAACUGGGAGGUCUUGGUGGUUUAUUCGCUGGAGGUGUACCAUCUCUGAAGAAGACGCGUAAUACACCAAUCGAAGAGUCAAAGGAUCAGCACAAAAAGGAAGAAAGUCAAGGACACGAGUUUCCAUUAAGAAAGUCUACCGGUCACCAGUCCGAAUCAGCAGAACCUGUUGCUUCCAAUAAAGAGAAAAGACUGGCGUCUCCACCUGUGCUUCCAGGGGCUCAAGUGCGUCGCAAUAGCUCAGAGAAGACGGUGGCAAAACCUCCUCCAUUGCCAUUCAAGAGUCGGAAGUCGGGAAAACCUCAAUUGCCAAGGGCUUUGGUUACCUUUGACUAUGAGGCUGACGGAGAUGAUGAGAUUUCACUGGCGAAGGGAAGUUAUGUAACCAUUCUGGACAAAUCCGACGAAGGGUGGUGGAAAGGACGUAAUGAACAAGGGGAAAUGGGGCUGUUUCCUUCUCCUUAUGUGGAAGAAGUGGCUGCUGUGGAGGAAAAUAAAGCGACGAAAACCGACAACGAAAGUUUGCAAACAAAAAUUGCUGAAGAAACGCAGUUAUCGGAUAAGAAUGUUGAGGAUGAGGAUCGAAAAGAUACAGAGGCCAUGACCGAUGAGCCUGUUUCACAACCCGAGGAGCAAGCCACGGAACUUGUUAAAAAACCGUCAACGAAAUCUGUCACACGUUCCAAGACGCUAGGUGCUUCCGCCACUCAGCGGCCAUCAAGCCCCAAAAGCGCAAGACCGGCUUCUGUUCAUAGCUCACAGUCAACACCACACAGCCGACAAACAUCAAGUUCGACAGAUUCUCCUACAGAAAAUAUACCACCUGUCCCAACCAGACGUUCGACCCACGAGAGCUUACCGAAACAGUCCAAAGAGACAACAACGAAAAGGCGCUCUACCUAUGAUUUACCACCAUCCCCCUCUCCAAAAUCCCCUAACCAAGACUCGCCUCCAAUCAAAAGUCCAGUGAGAUCUCCACCUUUACCCAGUCGCCAGGUGCCAAAGCCAAUACCGCCAUCAGAAGCCAAUGAUGUUACCGAGAGUGCAACUUCUCCACGUGCUGAGCAUCCCGUUGCACCGCCGAGGCCAAAAUUUACUAGACCUAGCUCUCAUAUCGAAACCAAGGCUGGGACGCCCAGGCCUAUAUCUUUAGCAAAGCCACCCUCAAUCCCUCAAAUUCCCAAGUCUCCGCAAGCUGGUAAAAGUCCAUCACCUGGAAAUAGUAAGCGAGCCCCAGACGAACCGAAGAAAGUUAUUUCUCCGCCUGUGCCGAUGGCCUUACCCUCUCGACCACAAAGACGCCCUUCUGAAAAGUCCGAGACUAUUUCUAUUGAAGAGGAAGAGGAGAGAACGGAAGAAGAGGAAAAAGUAGAAAAAGAAGAAGAAAUGGAGUCGGAGGAAGAGGAGGAAAAAGUAGAAAAAGAAGAAGAUGUGGAAGAGGAAGAAGAUGUAAAAGGGGAUGAGGUGGAAGAGAAAGAAGAGGAUGAGAAGGAGGAAGUGGAAGAAGAGGUGGAAAUCGUCAAGGAACCUGUGCACGCUGAACUUGCAAAAGAAGAACGUGCGGGAGAAGAGUUAGAGGAUGAUGGCACAACUGUUGAAGAGACGAAGGCAGUGGAAAAAGAAGAAACUGAGAUUGAUACCGUCGUCGAAGAUGAAACCGCAGCGAAAGACGAUAAAGUUGAGGAACAAGAAGAAGAAGAAGAAGAAAAACCAAAUUUGAAAGAUGAGGAACAAGAUAAGGAACACAGUAAGCAAGACACGGAAACUGUGGCCAAGCCACCCGAACUGCCGCCAUUGCCUUCAGGACCAAAACUAAGCGGAUUAGGAAAGGAUAGGCCAGCAUUAAGAAGAAAGGCUCAGAGUUCCAAGUCAAUAAAGACUAAUGCCGCCGUGACCCAAACUGCUACUUUAGAGGAGGCAAUAUCAUCCACUAAAAAUGACACGACGGCUUCCAAAGCGGCGCCUAUCGCCCGUGAAGCGCCGCCACUCGCCGCCAAACCAGAAAAACCGCCAAAGCCGAGUUUCGUGAAAUUACCAUACGCGAGCCCUGGAGCGGGUUCCGUUCAGUUGCGUUCAGUUACCAAGAAACCGGCACCUGCAGUUGGGACAAGUGAGAGUACAGACGAGGGUGUGAAUACUAAACCGAUUGGUGGAGUGAAAUCGAUUUCUAGUCGAUUUAAUCAGUUCAGCGGCGUUCCCAAUCAGUCGGAAGUUGAAUUUCGACUGAAAAAGUUGAUCAACGAAGAAAUUAACAAGUUAAAGGCAGAUUAUGAAAACAAGUUGGCGGUAGAGAGGAGUAUGAGAGAGAAUCUUGAGGAAGAAGUCAACAUGCUUAGAGAGCGCUUGGAUGCAGCUGGGAUAUGA